AUGAGGUCUUCUCUGUCAUUGCUUAUCUCCGCUGGUGUCGCCCUCGCGGGGAACAUACAGCUCCCAGGUCUCACCGUCCCGGCUGAGUUUGCUGCGCACAAGCAAGACGUGGUCGAUAUCUUCACGGAAAGCUACAACGCUUACAGGAAGUUCGCAUUUGGCCAUGACCAGUUGAACCCGCUCAGUCGGACGCCGACCGAUCCGCGCAACGGCUGGGGCGCAUCAAUCAUUGACGGCAUGAGCACUAUGGUUAUAAUGGGACUAGACGACUUCUUCCAAGAAGCACUCAACCAUACGGCGACGGUUAACUUCAACAACAGCAACACGCCCGACACUGUCAGCUUCUUCGAGACGACCAUUCGCUACCUCGGUGGCAUGCUGAGCGCGUUCGAGCUCGACCAACAGCUCAACGGGCAACAGCACCCUUUCCUGGUCGAACAGUCAAGACAACUGGGCAACCGCUUGACUCUCGCUUUCUCUUCGGGUUCGAAGAUACCGUUCACUGACCUUGAGUUCGACAAUAACACGGCUGACUUCGACGAGACGGUUGGUAUCGCGACAGCCGGCACGGAUACACUAGAGUUCUUCACACUCGCACAACAUACCGGCAACGACAGCUACAGGACCCUCGCGGAAGGUGGAGUCCUAGCAAUCAUCGACAGCCCCAAACCUCUUCCCGGCCUACCUGCACAGAUCUACAAUGGGACGACAGCGCAACCCGUCGACGCGUUCGUGACCUGGGGUGGUGGGUCAGACAGUUACUUCGAGUACCUCAUCAAGUACGCGCGUCUCUCCAACACAGACGACGAGGCCUUCGCCAACAGCUGGAGGACUGCGGUCGAUACUUCUAUCAAGGUGCUCUUGAGGAACUCCACCGUUGGGAACCACGUCUAUCUGGCGGACUUCGAUGACGACCGCAAGAUUCGCCACGAAGGCUCGCACCUUGCCUGCUUCUACGGCGGCAACUGGAUCAUGGGCGGCAAGCUUACGAACAACGACACUAUCUUCAACAUCGGCCUCCAACUCACAGACGCGUGCUGGAACACCUACGCUAGUACCGCAACGGGAAUUGGCCCUGAAAGCUUCGCUUUCAUCUCCAAUGAACCCAACGGUAGCUUUACGGGCGGUGACCCGCCUACGGCUGAACAGCUUGCGUUCUACAACAAGCACGGCUUCUACAUCACGGGUGCUGACUAUAUUGAGCGCCCGGAGGUGCUUGAGAGUCAGUUCUACGCCUGGCGUGCCACAGGCGACACCAAGUACCUCGACCGUGCGGUAAGCGCCGUCGCGAGCUUCAACAAGUUCCUCCAAACGCGCACCGGAUUCGCCGGGAUCAACGACGUGAACAACGCGACUACCACGAAGAUCGAUGAUAUGGAGAGCUUCUGGUUUGCCGAAGUGCUCAAGUACUUGUACUUGAUGUUCGAUGACCCUUCGCACAUCAGUCUUGACGAAUGGGUCUUCAACACCGAAGCGCACCCAUUCAAAGCUCCACCUGCGAAAGCGGUCUACGGGACUGGCUUCCAGCCCGAACCCUCGACGCCGUUCACGAAGCACGCGGGCCCUGUUGUAACGCCCGCUGUCAGCCCCAUUGCGGCUCUCCCACAGGUCACCCAUCCCUGA